CGCGCCUGCGCAGUGCGAUUUCGCGUCUUCGUCUGUAAAAAUCUCUCCUUCUCCCACCCUCCCCUUUUCUUCUUCCAAGCCCAUUAGGGCCGCAGCGGUGAGCCCCAGUGGAGGAUUUACAAGUGGCUCCGCGACGGGACGGAGAGCAGCUGCCAAGGCACGGAGCUGACCGGGGAAGUUUCGGCCCGGCCAUGGGGUCCUGAGGGCCUUUCCCCCCGCCCGUUCCCUUGAGCCCCGGAGGGUCGGGUUCCCUGGCAGAGAAGGGAAGGGGAGCGGCGGCGGCUACAGGGCGGCUGGUGUUUGCAGUGCCUCGUGGCGGUUUGAACAACAAAAAAUAAUGAUGAUUGUAGUAACUGGAGCCAUGUCAGUGCCUGAGUCAGAAUUCCCUGCCAGCACCCCUGCCACAGCCCCUAAUUUAUCCAGGAUGCCUGAGGAUGGCAGCCUCACCGCAGUGGAGCAGCCAAUAUUUCUAAUGACAACAGCUGCCCAGGCCAUCUCAGGUUUCUUUGUGUGGACAGCUGUGUUGAUCACCUGCCACCAGAUCUACAUGCACCUUCGCUGCUACAGUUGCCCCAAUGAGCAACGCUAUAUUGUCAGGAUCCUUUUCAUCGUUCCCAUUUAUGCUGUUGACUCAUGGCUCAGUCUCCUUUUCUUCACCAAUGACCAAUACUAUGUUUAUUUUGGGACAAUACGGGAUUGUUAUGAAGCUUUUGUCAUCUAUAACUUUCUUAGCCUCUGCUAUGAGUACCUAGGUGGAGAGAGUUCCAUCAUGUCUGAGAUAAGAGGAAAGCCUAUAGAGUCCAGCUGCAUGUAUGGGACUUGUUGCUUAUGGGGAAAGACAUACUCGAUUGGUUUUCUGAGAUUUUGUAAACAGGCCACACUACAAUUCUGUGUGGUGAAGCCCCUCAUGGCAAUUAUUACAGUUGUUCUUCAGGCAUUUGGAAAGUACAAGGAUGGAGACUUUGAUGUCAGAAGUGGAUAUCUCUAUGUGACAAUCAUUUACAAUAUUUCAGUCAGCUUGGCUUUGUAUGCCCUCUUCCUCUUCUAUUUUGCCACCCGUGAACUUCUCAGUCCUUAUAGUCCUGUCCUAAAAUUUUUCAUGGUCAAGUCUGUUAUUUUCCUGUCUUUUUGGCAAGGGAUGCUAUUGGCCAUUUUGGAGAAGUGUGGUGCAAUCCCUAAGAUCCGCGCAGCCGAUGUAUCUGUGGGGACCGUAGCGGCUGGCUAUCAGGAUUUCAUCAUCUGCGUGGAAAUGUUCUUUGCAGCUAUUGCUCUGCGGCAUGCAUUCACUUACAAGGUCUAUGCAGACAAGCACCUUGAUGCGCAAGGACGGUGUGCCCCAAUGAAGAGCAUCUCUAGCAGCCUUAAGGAGACCAUGAACCCCCACGACAUCGUGCAGGAUGCUAUACAUAACUUCUCCCCAGCCUACCAGCAAUACACACAGCAAUCCACCCUGGAACAUGGACCACCAUGGCGGAAUGGCAAUCACAUCAUUUCACGUUCUCAUAGCACCUCUGGUGUCCGGGAUAAUGAGAAGACCCUGCUUUUGAGCUCAGAUGAUGAGUUUUAAGGGGUUGGUGGAACAUGCCAUAGCCUGGAACUUUCCUUUAUUUAUUGAACCAGAAAACAGGUUAUAUUCCUUUUUUACAUGGUGCUCAAGUCAGGAUUGGGCACCUUCUGAUGCCAAUUGUAAGCAAGGACCAUUAUGGCUAAUGCGGGUGGUAUGGACUUUCUUUUCUAAAAGCUUAACUAGUGCACAUUUCACUUAAUAAAGAAAAAAUUAAAAAAAAUACUAAAUUGUAGCCUAGAACAGAGAUGUAAGAUGAGUAAAACACAUUACGUUUGAAUAGUUUUUAUGUUAUUUGUAAGGCAAAGGGCUGGUAAUACUAUAAAAAUCAGACAAAUGAUCCCCUAUGUAUUUUUUUUCACUUGCUAAAUUAUUUCAAAUGAAUAGCAGAAAAUUUGCUUUCUGCGCUCUAUUAUGAAAAGGUAUCUCCACCCUCAUAAUUUUGAUUAUUUGUUAUCCUUAGCUAUUGCUCAAUUAAUUUGUUCUAUUAAGUUUUUCAUUGUGGCCAGGAUUUAUUUUAAUUAAUAUUCCAUAGUAUGAUAUAUGCAAUUAGUCUUUGCAAAAGACCCAAAGUGUGAAUGGGGGAAGACAAGAUUGAAACAAUCCAUAGAUCUUUUUACCUAUGCAGAAGUGAAAUACAGCAUUUGUGGGUAUUUCUGGUUGCCUAGUAUUUCAAAAGCAUCUGCAAGAUAUUUUUUGCAAAACAAGAUUUCUCCCAUCUUUAGAGAAAGACAUCUCUGUAAGUACUUAAUGAUCCAGAAUUUCAGGGAAAGCUGCCCAAGAUACAAAUCUGGAUGCAUAUUCCCAGGAAAGUUGCUCAAUAAAUAGAAGCACAUAUCCUGUAUAUACACUAUAUUGCCAAAAGUAUUCGCUCACCCAUCCACAUAAUCAGAAGCAGUUGUGAGCGAAUACUUUUGGCAAUAUAGUGUAUAUAUUAGGUGAGGGUCAUGUUGAAUUAUUUUUCUUUAGACCUCAUCCGAUCUUCCUAGAUACCAAAUCCAAAUGUGCAAGAUUGCUUCCCUCCAUUGAUUUAAUUUGUGAUUCUAUGCACUGUUAGAAUCCUGUUGCCUUUUGUCAUUCGUCUUUUCUUCUGGGGGAGCAAUUGUACAAGCAGUGAUACCGAAAUCUCUUUUGCCUUUUGUCUGUUUUUGAGCCGUGCAUCUCCUGAACUUUAAAUUCUAUAACAUUUCUCUUUUCUGCUGUAAAUAUUUUACCUAUGUUAAUAGUUAAUUUUAAGUGCAGUGGGAUGGAAUUCGCCUAAGAUGGAGAACAUUCCAUUUUCCCUUCCCUUCCUCUUGUUCUGUUCCAAUCUGGCCAAGCGAUCUAAACAUAUCUGUGUGGUUCGCCAUUAUUUUCUACAAGCCAUGAGAUUAAAACAUGCUGAUCUCAUUAGGCAUGAUGUAUCUUUUGUCUAAGAAUCACAGGCUCCCUUUGCAAGCAGUAAAAUUUGCUGCCACUGGUUUUGCCAGACACAUUAUAAAGCUGAAAAGGGCAAUCACAUUAAUUGCAAUAUAUUGCACGUCUUUGUUGCUGUUGUGGUUGUGGUAACUGUGCCUGUUUAACACAUUGCUGCAUAAAAGGAGGGUAACAUUAGGCCCCUCCUGAGUCUCCUGCAUAGAUUAUGAAAUCAGUAAUGCUGAUUCUGUUCUAAGUUGCUGGAUCUCCCACAGUAUGUUGUGGUUAUUUGGCACUUUUUCAUAUGGUGCUUUUUAACCCCUUCACUGGAAAGUCUAAAUAUGAGAUCUCGGGGGAGUUGACUCUAUUGCUCCUUUUCUCUGUGCCUUAAUAUUCUCACCUGAGACCCCCGCACACACCACAUUAUAGCAAAGACAGAUUUCUACAGCAAUUAUUAGCAUCCUUUGUCCAAAUUGCAUUUAUUUGGGCAAAAUGUGUUUGUGUGGACUUGGGAACUUUGCUGAAGUUUGUUUAUUUUUUUCUGGGGCAGCAAGUGAGGUUGUGGCUGUUAUCAUUAUGGUUUGCACUUCCCUUUUUCUAGAAGAUAUUGGAGAGAAUUUGGAUAAUGGAGUACAAAAGCGCCAUUCACAUUUUCUGCCUGAAGUAGUUAGAGAACUUGAGAUAUGAAGAAAGGAAGACAGAACAGGAACAUGUUUCAUAAACACACAAUCAUCUGCCUUGCUUCAAUUUGACUUGUACAAUGUAUUCAUAUGGGCUAACUUUUAGAAUCCUGUCAUUGGUUCUGGGCACCCAGAAUUCCACAAACUCAGUAGAUAAUUGAUAUCCAAUUAAAAUAACAGACCAGUGGCACCAGAACUAUGAUGCGAAAUACAUACAUACAUACAUACAUACAUACAUACAUACAUACAUACAUGAAUGACAUAACUUUGGCCAAAGUAACAUGAGUAUGUUUGUAAUUCUUAGUAAAGGAAGGUUGAACACUGUUCUUGCAUAAAUUAUGGAGUUCAGCUCCCUGCAAUUGGGGAGUAAGGUCAGUUCAAUUAUCUUUUAGUGCCAGCAGUAGGGAAUUUUUAUUGAGUAGGAUGACGUAUGACCUCAUCUUUUUCUGCUAUUCAUUAAAGAAGCUGGACCUUUUUCCAGUUUUGACCUUGUGUAGAAGCCAGGAAAAGUGUUGCUACUGCUUUAAAGAAUUACACUCACUGAAGGUGACUCUUACAAAGCGACAACAUUUUUUCCAGCCAUCUGAAGAAACCUGAACAAGGUCAGGCUCCUUUAUUGAAUUGCAGAACCUCUCAUGCACUUCCAAAUAAUGUUUGAAGCAUGCACAGACUUUCUACCGGUAUUUAUUUCAGCGCUACUUUGCUUCCAAAUCAUUUUCCUAACUAUGUUGCUCUCAGUAUACCUUGCUAAUACUUGCACGUGUUAAAAAGUUUUCAUCAGUAGCCUCCUUUUUAAAUAGAAUGGGUGAAAAAUGUGACUGACUUGCAGAUAUUUCAGUGUUGGGGAGAGCUCUAUUUUUUAUUUCUAUCAAUGUAUACCACAUAUAUGUAUACUGUGUGUACAAGCUGAUUACGUUGAAGCAACCUUUAAGCAGUUUUAAGUAGUUUUGACACCCACAAAGCAAGUACUCUGGGUCCAAUAAUAGUGUGACUUUUAAAAUCUUAGAGCCAUAUGAAAGCACCAGUGCUGUGUGAUGGGAAGAGUUUAUUGUAUAUCCAUACAGGAAAGAGAUGAAAGAGAUUAUUGGUCAAUGAUUGCCUCCUGGAAGACCAACCAUUUUAAUACAUGUGCUUAUACAUGAAUCCCAUCAAUGUAAUAUUGGCACUGCCUGCUUCUUGAUCAGCUCCUUUCCUCUCAAUCUCUCCUAGUUUUUUUGUUUUGGCCAUGCCACAUACUGCGAGUUUUGUUUUACUAUUUUUCCAUAUAGUUUAGAUAUUUGUAUAUAAAUGGGGGAAAAAACUGUAUAAUAAGACAGAGUUACUUAGUUUUGUACCUACCAUGUAAUAACUGAUGUGAGUUCAGAGACAAGCUGUUGCCUCUGUUUUUGUUAUUUGUGAUGUUAUAUACUGCUUUGCGGAAACAAGCAAAUAUGACAAAUAAAGAUAUAGAGAUAAUAUAGAUUGUAUUUA